AUGAACUACGCAUCCGAAAUUGUUUUAAACGAUGUUAUCGGCAAUUUACAUGACGAUUUUAAAUACACAGUAUCAACAACAAGAACAGGGUUCUUCCUUGUUUCCAAAGAGGCCAUUUCUAACACUGAAUACAAAAACCACCUUUUUAGUAAAGAACCAAAAUUGUACCGUUAUGGCACAACUGAAAACUCACACAUCACUUGCACUUUGGAAGGAAACAAAUUUGAAGAAUACAUGUGCGACGAGUUUGCACACGAUGAAAUGAUUUUGGUUUAUCAUGGGUCUUCUUUUGAAUCCACAACACUCACCGCUGGACAAUGGAUGAUCGUGAAUUUCGAUUCAUCAACAAUUUUUAUAACUGAAACUUCAAAUACAAUAAACGCAACAACGCUGAAUAUUACCGGCGUAUUUACUAUUGAAGGAACAAUAAAUAAUGUCACCUAUUUUUAUAUGAAACAUGGUGUUCAAAAUCGUGUCAACUUCUUGGACUUUAACCCAACAGUUAUUCAUCUUUUAGACGAUCCAAACCCAACACAGUCCACUGCUGUCUUUUUCUAUUUGAGUAAAAAAUCAACAUCCUCGGCGUCUUGGGAAGGCAAAAAAUUAAGUAGUUUUAAAGUCAAUUCGGAUUAUUACAGAGUCACCAAUUUGGAGUCAAAUAAAUAUUGCACAAUUAACACGGAAGGAAACGCUUUUGUUGAACCAGAUUGUGUUAAAAGCAUAUUGGAUAAUUCAAACAAACUCACGUUGAAAUAUUUGGGUACUUCUCAGAAGCUUCCCAUUGUUAAUGUAGAAAGGGUCACAUUCAACGACUUUGAAUUCAACGAAGGAACAACAGAGAUAGAGGGAUACAUUUUCAACGAACUUUCAUUAACUUUUAAAAACGUAUACUUGACUAAUAUAACUGUACAAACCCUCAAGUUUACACCAGUCUUUGUUUAUGGGACAUGUCUCUCUUCGAAAAUUGCUUCUGUUCAAAUCCAAACGGAAUAUGUCGGAUAUGUUUUACAUGAUAAUUCGAUCACAAUAAGUUCAACUAAAAUUGGAGAAAAGUUGGGAAAGUCGUAUUACCGAGCAAUGAGUUCCAAUAACAAUAUUAAAAACCGAUGUGAGCUUUCUUGCACAUCAGAAGGUGUUUGUGAUUUCAUUCAAAAAGACUGUGAAAAAUAUGCAACUGGAAAUUUCUCGGAUUUGAUUGUUCAAAGCAAAGUCACUAAAAUAAACAAUAUUCCCGGUGACAUUAGAGAUUUCUCGAAGUGUGACUUGACUGCUGCUGGAGUUUUGGAGAUUAAAGAUGGAAUCGAAUUGACUUGCACCAACGUCGAUAACAAAAAUUUUCCACUUGUUAUUGUAAGUGGAAAAAUACAAAUCACUUCAUACACAACAUCAUCAAAUAACAUUUCUAUUUUGUCAAAUCUUCCAACAACACUUACGGUUGGAGAUACUACUAAAUUUGUUUGGGUACACAAUUCGGCCGUUGACACAUCGCCACAGUGUCGAAAGGUUAACGAUAAAUAUUCAAGAUGUACAAAUGAUCCGAAAAUCACAUCUAUUUUAAAUACUUGCACUUUAACCGACAAAUCUUACAAUUUCGUUGAUUGUGACCAGAGCGAUUUAAACACUUAUAAAGUUGAUUUCAUGUUUGUUGACUUGAUUCUCCAACAAACACAAAUAUUCAUUGAUACACUCAAAGUAAAUAAACUCACUCUAUCUGAUCAAACUAGUUGUUCACUUUCUUCUUCCACUCUUGUUGUUCAUAGUAUUUUAGAUGUUGCUGCUUGUGAUUUCUUUAAUAUAGCUAUUAAAACAGAAAAUGAAAUAUCAUUGAUAACAACCACUUCAGUUAAUGGUUAUAUUCAAACAGACUCUAAUAUCACACUUUCCAAUUUGACAACCAUUAAUUCGAUAACUUUACUAACCAAAAAGAUGGUUUCAGUGAUAUCCACAGAAUUUAAUCAAUACAAUGUCACCGAUGGAACCAAUAAACAAUAUUUCUAUGCAAAAGAAAGUACUUGUACUAUAACCGGAACAGACUUUGAAACAAAAGAUGUGUGCAACUUUAUUAUUAAUUUUAAUGAAAUUGAUAUUAAAAUACCAACAACAUCUCAAAUAGACGAGAAAGAUAGAAAAUUUAAAAGUAUCAAAAACAUCAACACAUUCGAUAAUAUUCCAAUCAAUCAACCAAACCUCAAACUUGUAAACUUUGAGACGACAACGGGUUCUUCAGCAAUUCUUAAAGAAGCAGACAAUGUUAAAUUAACAAAGGGGUUCACUUUAAAUAUCAGUAAAAUUAACACUGAAUUGGUCGUCAGUUCAAGUGGGUGUUACUUGUAUGCUACAACUUCAAUUGCCACAAUUAAAUAUGAGGAUGGAAUUUAUUUUGUUGGUAUUGUGGAGGGAACAACGGGAACAGCAAUUUCUGAUACUUUAUUCAGAUACGGAAAAAGCGACACAUAUUGUACAACAAAUUCUGGUACAACUUUUGUUGAAUAUGAUUGUAAUGCAAUUCAAACUGAACUUAUUCCAGACUUUGAAAAUAAAAUGACGUUGGUGGUUAUGAACGAUGUCAAUGGGAUCACUCAAAAGUUUUUGAGUUGUGAAAUUGGUAAUUUUUACGCAAUUGAAAAUAUAAAAUGUGGUUCAACAACUAUCACUUCAAUUAAAUUUAUAAUUAAAAAUUCACAACUUGGAAUGUUGACAUUGAACACUGCCGAUGAUCUCUAUAGAAUAAUCGAAAAUUCAACAAUCUCUGAUAUUUCAAAGGAUUCUUCAAAUGUAUUACCGAUCUUUUAUGCAUCAGUUGCCAAUACCAUUUCAAAUACAACACCAAAGUUAUAUCAUAUUAAAAUAACAAACAAUCAUUAUCGAUAUUAUGGAAAGACAGGGGGUGAUAAUACAUGUACUUACACUGAUGGUGUUUAUAAUGUAGCAGAUUGCAAUUCUACAGCUUCAAUUGGAAUUGAUUUGACAAUCACCACAGAUAAUUUUGACAACUUUGUUAAUACAUUCAAAAAUGCCAAAACGACCACAACUGUAACCACUAUCACAGCUCUUAAAGCAACCACAUUCGUCCCUUCAUUUAGUGAUAAUUUAAUAAUCAAUGCCCUGAUUGUUGAUAUACUGGAAUUGCCAACUUCUUAUAAAUCUCUUGUUAUUAACUCAAAAAAUACUCAACCUUCUGAAAUUAAAAAUGAAGUUAAAAACGGAAUGAACCCAUUGUUUGUUGGUAUUGUAAAAGUACCAACAACUGUUUUGCAUGUGGAAUUGGAUUCUACUAUGAAUAGAUAUUACACUAGUACUCUUGGGUAUGGUUGUUUCUGCAAUAGCACAACCUCAUUUGAACAGUGGGAUUGCUCAAACAAAUACUUCAUAAAUAAAAAAACGUUUAAAUGUACGAUGGAAUCUAUCAAGACUUUUACUUUCAAAAGCGAUGCAAACGAGUUUAAUUUGAUGGAAAUAACACAUGAUAUGACCAUUUCCUUGAUUAAGGCUGUUUCUUUGAACAUUAAUACAUCAAGUUAUACCCUUGAUGGAUCAGUUCAAAACAUAGUUAUUGGCGUACAACACAAAAAUGGUACUUUCAAAGGGUCUUUCAAUAAAAUAUCGACAACAAAAGAGGAGUUUAAUAUGGAUGUCAUGCACUAUGUAAAAGUAAAAGUAGAAGAUACAUUGCCAACAUUAAAUGUUCCGUACAGUUACCAUGAAAUUACAACAACAAAAUUUAGAAUAUCAUCAUCUGAUGGGUACUAUUGCACUUAUUCUGGCAAAGACGAUUCAAAUAACGCUCUUUAUCUUGAGGGUGAUUGUGUUAAUUCAAUUCCAUCACAAAUUCUCAAAAUUGACAAUGUCAUUCCUGAAAAUUCACAAUUCACAACAGACAGCACACCAAGAACUUUCCAAAGUAUUAAAACCAAACAACUUACUUUAGCAUUAACAACCGUCAAAAUUACAAGUCUAACAGGAGAAUCACUUGAGGGUCGAAUGAUGUAUACGAUUGGUGAAGUAGAAACGUUUGCUCCAAAGGGAUUACAAACAUUCACAUUAAAUGCAAAGGUUAACACAGUUGAAAUUACUUACCAAGUGACUGAUGGAAUUAUUACAGGAUCAGUUGAAAAAGUAAAUUCUUCAUCUUUCACAUCAACACAUCUCUUUGUAUUGCAAGCAACAACUGCUGGAAAUGUAAACGAUUAUUCAACUAAAAUAGCAGAUGGAUUUUAUCGAAUCAGUUCAACAACAAACACGGUGACACCUGCAAACAAUGUUUGUACUUUACCAACAGACACAACAAAAUACAACGAAUUCGAUUGCAAUUUGUAUGCUAAAAACAGACAAAAUAAACUCAAACUCGUUUCUUCAAAUGCUGUUGUUGACUUAACCAAUUUAAAUUUAUCAUCUUUUGAAGAAGCAGAUUUGAUAGGUGCAACCCAAAUUAAACACCUCACUGUUAACAAAUUGAAGACAUAUACCAAAGCCAUAACUUUUUCCGUUUGUUCAAUUGAUGAAUUGAGUUUCGACAGUACUCUUGAUACACAAUACUUCUUCGACUCAACAGCACUCAAAACAUCCAAAGGUAAUCCAAAAGCCAUUUUUGUUUUAAGUGAAAAAUCAACACUUAUGACUGACACGAAUCUCCACAAACAACAAAUAUCAUCAAAUCCAUUGUACUAUCGUGUCCAACAGACUUCUGAUAAUAAUUGUACUUUGCCUUUGGAAGGAGAUUUUGAAGAAUGGGACUGUUCAAAAUAUGCCGAAAGAAACCCAACAACGACAGCUUAUUUGCGACUUGUGUCCAAAAGAGGGACACUCAAUUUAAAUUCAUCAAAGAUCAUUCACUUCACUUCUGUCAUAUUUGAUACAAAAGAUACAUUUUAUACAUUCUCUGUUUCCGAAAAAACAACUGAUAAAUUGUGGUUUGACGAAUUUACUUUCGUAAAAGGAGUUGAUAGAAUGCUAUUUGACACACCAAUGAAAUUCACAAAGUUAACUGUUGGGUCUUCAAUGUCUUUUGCUGUUUUCAAAGAAGAUCUUCAAAUUGAAAAUAAUCUCAUUGGAACAUUGGAUUCUGAUUUUCUGUGUGUAAUAGCCAGUGGAAAGAAAUUUGAAGGACCAAGUACAUUCAAAUCAAUUGCAAUUGGAAGUGGUAGUGAUGCCACUUUUGCAAGAAUAACAAAGGGUACUACUCUUGAUUGUACUUAUCACUCUGGUAACUUCAAAGAACUUGAUUGUAGAAAAGAGUUGGAUCAGAACAAUUUUUAUACGUUUGUAUCAAAUCCAUUUACCCUUAAUUUCGAUGAAACUAUAGUCAAUUAUGGGUUAGAAGCGACAAACUUUGCUUCAAUGAAAUAUACUCAUGACUCAACAACCAACAUUUUUACACUUAAUUCCCCACGAAAUUUGAUAUUCCAAGACUUGACAAUAUCGAAAAUCGUCAAAAUAAAUUCUCCAAUAACAGUGAAUGGUCUUGUUUAUUUUAACCAAAAAUUAGAUGGAACAUCAAUGCAAUUUUCAACAAGACAAUUAACACUUUCAUUGGGAAAGAACGCGAAUAUUACAGUGAUGUAUGAUGGUGAUUCAACUUAUAGUCCCUCACCUAAAUCGACCACCGUUGAUAAAAAUAUUAUUACCCUUUAUAAUGGAACACAAAGUGGAAUCAAACCAAUCUACUUGAAUAAAGAUAGUUGUCAAAAUAAUAUAUAUUACUUUAAGACAGAAUUGUCCAAAUGUAAAUGCAUAUUGAAACAACCAAAAAUUGAUAGUGAAAGAUCAACUUAUGAAGAAGAAACUGCCGAUUCAUGUAUCACAAGUGAUUCUGUAAACCUUUACUCUCUUGAAAUACCAUCAACAAUUAAUACUGUACAAAUAAUUAGAGAUAUGUCUAUUUACUCAGAUUUGAAUUAUGAAAGUGCAAAUGGUGUGACAUUCACUUCGACAACAUCAGUAACAAUUACGUUCAACUCGCUUCAUGUUGUUAAACCAAUUUCGUUUGGUCCAAAUAUAAAGGUGACUGUUACUUCAAUCGACUUUUCAAGUGUGGGUGAUGGAUAUUUGCUUGUUGAAAAUUCCGAAGGUAUCACUCUUCCUUCUCAAAUUACAUAUGGUGUUAUUCUUGUGAAAAAGUCCGUUACAACACCAACUUCUGACAAAGUGUGUGAACUUUAUAAUGAAAUACAAAGAAGAGUGUUUGGAUAUGGAUUAUCUGAAGGAUGUGAAUGUUUGAACCAAAAAGGUGAUUGUAACGUCAAUGAAUAUUCAAAGUACUAUAAUUUAAAAAUCACCGAAUCUACACAAUUGACAAACAACUUUAAGUCACUCAACAUAAUUUCAAGUGUUCAAACGGCUUUAAUUCAAAUAUCGAGUAAAGAAGAAACCCAGAAAGAGAUAAGUACAGUAGAUGUUUCGAAGCUAACUCAACUAGAUCAACUACGCAUCGGCAAAAACAUCAAAAUUGGCAAUUUUAAAAACACACAAACCUACACCGUUUUUGAGGAUAUACUCCCCACUACUUCUGAAACAACAAAAACGAAUGGAUACAUUUACAAUUCAAUUAAAACUAUGCCAGACAAUCAAUACAAAGUAGUGAAUUGUGGCGAUAACACCAAUGUUUUUUAUCGUGCCUUUAAGUCCACGACUGAUAUCACUUGCGACUGCAAAUUCAGUCAGUUUGAUGUUGAUUGUACAAAGAAUCCAAGUGUAUUCCAUUUAAUGCUUGAUACUGCUUCAAACAACAAAUACACAUUAAGUUAUUCUUGGAAAGAUGUUAAACUCACUUCAACAGUGACAACUCCAAUGAAUGAAAUCACUGUUUCUAACAGUGGAAAUACAAUCUUGGUUGAAAAUAUUGAUUUCAAAUUGAUAGCCACACAAACAACACAAACAAUUAAAGCGGUGUUUCAAACAAUGAGUAGUGCAUAUAUCAUCUCUUCAAAUGUCAAAGUAUUCUCAACUGAUAACAAGCAAAAUUAUCCACUAUUUGUAUCAACUGAUUUAUUUGCCGACAUGAACUACAUCACAUGUAAUGGAAUCAACAGAUACUUUGCAAGUGGUGCUCCAAAACAUUGUGAUUGUGUUAUUCAAAACAAAGAAGGUGGUUUAAAUUACAAAGACUGUCCUCAUCAUUCGACUCAAUACAAUGCAAAUACAGGCGCAUCUGAAGUUACUUUAUUACAUAAUUGGUUUUCAUUGACUUCAACGAGUGAUAUUGAAUCAUCUAUUCUCAACAUGGGAGGAAAGUCUGCCACUACCAUUUAUAUCAAGACACAAACGGAAAUAAAAGGAGCUGUUGGGGGACCAACCAAAAUAGAUACCGAUGGAACUAAUUAUGUGUUGGUUUCAACAACUUCAACACCCAUAACAGUGAAUACCAAUAAAUGUAGUUUAUAUUGUGUGUCUUAUACAACUGGUAUUUCAGAUACAAUCAAUUCUGCUAACUGUAGUACAAAUCACAAUAGAAUUUCUGUUGGAAACAGAUGUCGUUGUUCAAUUCUGGAUGAUGGGAAAACGUUCUCAGAAACUGAUUGCAAUCAUGACGCCGAAAAGAAUGGAUUUGAUUUGUAUGUUACCAAAUCAACACAAAAGAUUGCACUUUCAAAAACAUUUAACUCUUUGAUGAUCAAAAAUGAUGAAAAUGUUGAGUUGACAUCAACAGAUAACCAGAUAUCUUUCACAAAAGUUGAAGCAACAAACAAUAUUAAAUUCUCUCUUCAAACAAUAAUUUCAACACUAUCACAAAUUAAAACAAAUACUGUUGUUACAUUUACACGAAGCGCAACUAUUACAAAACUGAAUCCCAAAACAGCAGGAUUUGUUGUUUAUUUAAACACACUAAACGAGGAAAAAUUAACAAUAAACGAAUUAGAAGGAGUGACUAAUUGUAUGGACGUUGUAUAUUCACCAAAUGCAAAUAUAGUUGCUGGGAAUAACCAAAAUCUUGUUGUACUCAAUGGAAAGUCAACACUGAGAUCGGGUGUUUGUACAAAGACAGACUUGGUCAAAUGUUAUUUUGUCAAAGAACAAACAAAUAUAUAUGACGACCAGUUUUCUACAGUCAACUGCCCAUGUGACAAUCACAUUGAUGGAGACACAACUGAUAAUAAAUGCCAAAUAAUUGUUGAAAGUGGAGUGAGUUCAAAUGUUUAUACUUUAGCCCAUGAUGUCAUUGCAACUAUGCUAUUAAACAAGAACAUGGAAUUCAAAUCAAAUGCAUUGUAUAGUAUAGAUACGUUAACACUUUCAAUUUCAACAUCACCAAACACUUUGACUGCAACAGACACUGAAAUUGUCAUAAAAGAACUUAUAAUACAAACUGAUACAACAAUAAUUGGUAAUGUCAAUAUCAUGAAAGAAACUGGAAACAAAAAGGUUACAUUAACUCGUAAUACAAAGGAAAUCACAAUAAGUACAUUUCAAUUUAGUGACAUAUCAUCGACUUCUACAAAUGGUUAUAAGCUCAUAAGUGGAACUUCUUCAUUUAAUUUAAAUUGUAGAAAGUGCUCAUUGAAUGGAGAGGAAACCAUCUCAACGAUAACAUUAGGAAACAGCAAUGAAUACAUCUUCAACGAAAAAUCAAAAACAACAAUCACAAAACUUAGUGUAUCUUUGGAUGGAGAUUUGAAUGAAUUGAUUGUCAAUGGAGAUGUGGUAUUUGCAAACAUUCUUAAGUCUGAUUAUACGAACAUACUUGUCUAUCCAAUUGUUAUUGCAAACUUGACAAAUUCCAGUUUGGUGACUUCACAGAUUACUGGAGAUACAAAUGGAAUUCAGGUGAUGUGUAAGAAUCUAGUUGUGUUGGGGGCAGUCUCUUCAACAACCCAAAUUUGUACAGCAAAUGGAUACGAAGAAGUAAAUAAAAUCGACAACGCAACUGCCAACUGUUUAUCACCAACAACGAUAUGCAAACUUUCAAUUGAAAGUGAUACAUCAUCUGAUAUAUCAAAAAAUUAUGACUCUGUAAUCUGUGCUGCUUCGACAUGUACAAUUGGAACAAUUAAACCGGGUGUAACCAAACUCAUUUUGGUAGGUAAAAACAAAUCAAACAAAUUUAUAAUAACAGAACCACCAAAGUUCCAAAUACAAGCUACAAAUUGUGUUUUGGAAAUCAGCAACGAUUCAAAUCUGGCAGUACUAAAUGAUGUCACAAUUGUUAAAUCUGAAGGAAUUUUGAAUUUGGCUUCAUCACAUUUGGUUUCCAUCACUUCUUCAGAAAGUGUAAUUAUUAAUGGUGAUGUUAUUGUUGAUUCGGAUAUGACAGUGACUAAAAUGUUAACGUUGACAACGGGAUCACUUUCAGUGAAAGCAACCCUGACUUUUGAUAGUCUUAAUGUUAUAACAAAGACAUUCAAAGCAUUAACUGUUAAUAAUCUAACACAGAGUGGAACAUCUGGGACUAUUUCUGCUGAUAAAUAUUACAAUCAUUACGCAAAAUAUUACACAAAAUGUGGACCAGUUGAAUCAAUAUUAACAUCUCAUACAGAUUAUAAAACAGAGGAACAAAUUUGUAUAACAACAUCCGACUCACAAAUUGAUAUAAACACAAAUGAAGCAUUUGUUAACCACAGAAAUUUGAACUGUAAAUCAUUAACUCACACAAUAUAUAUAAAUUCUCCUAAAGUCAGUUGUUCAAAUGAAGUCAAACUCACUCCAAAAGUUGUUAUUAAUACAGUUUCCACGUUCUAUGGAAAUUUUGAUUUGAGUAAUUUGGUUCCACUCAAUGAUAUCACUUUUGUAAAUGUUGCACAUUUGAAAUGCGUAAAUGACGAAACAAUUAAAGGAAAAGUUAUAAUGAGAGGAAGUGGUAACGUAGAAGGUUGUUCUUAUGUUAUACACAACUCGUUGGAAACAAUUCCAAUAACAUCGGUGCCAACAAUCGAACUCAUUAACUUUGGUGUUUUCGAUUUGACUUCUAAUAUUGAUACAUUUAAACUUGUUAUCUCAAACAAAGAUUUCGACAAAACAAUUCAAAUCAAUUCCAAUAUCACUACUCUAAAUGUAGAAAAUGUUGUUUCUACAGCAAAUUACGUACUAAUUAAUUCACUAUUCCCCAUCAAAGGAGGUGAAAUUGGAUCCACCAAUUUCUUUAAAUGUAAUAACAAGAAAGUUGUUCAUGGAACUUCGACAAUGUUCAGUUGCGAUGACUUUAAUUUUGAUGUAAAGUACACAUCUGAAACCCCUGAAAAUGAUCCAGCCCAAGGGUGUGUAAAUUCAAAUGGUGUGAAUUGUAUUGCAAAUGUUGUUGUUAAUUCUGAAUAUGCACUGGGUACUCUCAAUCUGAAAGAUUUGAAUUCAAAAACUAUCAAAGUGACAUCAAAUGUUAAUAAAAUGAUUAAUGUUGAUAUUAAUGCAAAUGUAGAGAGUGUUUACCUUGAAAGUAAAGAAAGCAACUCGGGCUUUAUUUUCACAGAAAGACUGCCAAUGUAUACAACAGUGAAAGACUCUACACUCAAAGUUGUUUCUUCGACAAGUAGCGCGUAUACCUUCAAUCAUAUCGUCUUUUUACAUUCCGAAAACUCGUUUAUUGAACUAAACAAUCUUGAGUUGGAUAUUUGGGAGAUGAAUUGCUCAAAUGUUAAACUUAAUUUAAUUACAGCAAAUAUAUACACUCCAAUUCGUGUUACAAAUCUCGAAGUUUCAAAGACUCGAAUGAAUGUCUAUGAAUCAAUUAACAUCGCAACUCUUACAGUAAUAGACACAUAUCCCGAUGUGGCUCUUUUCACUAUUAUGCAAAACAUUGAAAAUAUCAUCAUUGAAAAUGGUGUUGAAAAAGAUGAAGGAGUGUGCAAAUACAUUGUUGAUUAUUUGAGUGUGUCUGUGAAGCCCAUAUUGAGCAAGAACAUAAAUUCACUUAUGAAAAGUAAUCGUAUCUAUGUCGGGGAAUGUUCUUUUGCUCUUUCAAAAUGUACAGCUGUUGACACUGUUGAAUGUAAUAUUGAUGUACACGAAAAUGGAAUUUACCAAUUUACUUCAGUUUGUCCAGACUCUUCAGUUGAAAUUGAUCUGACUAAUGUAAGUUGUCCGACUUCCCCAAUUAUCAACGGAAUUUUGGAGGAUAAAUAUUACCAAAUUACAGUUCCAGACGGCGCCAAAUUGCAAUCUUCUACGACUUCACCAAUUGAAAUUCAAAAUCUUAUCAUUAAUAAAAGUGUAACAUUGACAAGUCCUUAUAUUCUCAAUUUGAUUAAUAACACAGAUAACCUUAAAGUUGCGCCAGAUUGCACACUGAAUAUUAAUGCACACACACAAAUUGUUAAUUUGGCUUUGAAAGGGCAAACAAGUGUGGACAUUUCACAGACGGGUUCACUGAGUUUUAUUGACACCAUACAACAGAAGUACAAUCUAAAGAGUUUAAAUAUUAAGGGAAAUGAACAAACUAUAACUGGUCCCACAGUCGAAUUAUCUGUUGAUGAAAUCACCUUUGCAGCAACAACAUCAACCAAUUCGAUUAUUAAUGUAAACAAAUUCAACUUAGAAUCGACAAAAUCCAUUACAUUUGUUCCCGGUGUUAGAAGUACACAUAUACCACUUAUUAACACAGUUGUAUCAAUGACAGCACCAACAAAGGAUUUUGAUAACAUUUCGAUGGUUUGCGAUUCAAAAACGUUGAUAUACAAUGGAAAUACUCAGAGUGCUUUCCAGUGCCCAGACGACGUCUUGUGUACUUUUAACAAAGAAGGAGAUUGUAAACGAACAUCACUUACUACAACCAACUUUAUUCAAAGAUAUAUUAUAACUAUACCAAGUACUGUAAAUGAUGUUAUUCAACUUGAAGAUAACUCUAAAGUUACGAAAGGGUAUGACGUAGUAAAUGUGAAAAAAUCUGGUGCGAAGAUUAAAGUUGAGAAUGGUGGAAUUUAUGUGUUCAAUAUUUCUGCAAGUAGCGUUGAAAUAUCAUGUGCAGACGAAACAGCAAAAAUACCAUGUUACGUAAUCAUAAAUAAUUUGAAUAAAGAUUCAUAUGGAGUGGUGUUAUCUGGGAAGAACAUGGAACUCAAAGAAAACACCACAAUUGAAAAUUUGGUUGCCAAUGUAGUGAUCAGUGGAGAUAUCACUUUGAGUUCGUUUGAAGUGACAUCAUUAACGAUUCGAGUCAAAGAUGGAGGUAUCAUGAGAGUGAAACAAUAUGCUUCUAUGAAAUUGUUGACACUGGAAAAGAAUUCUACUGUAUAUUCGUCAGACUCUUUUGACACAGAUGAGGUGAUUUAUAAUGGUGGACAAAUUUUAAUUGAUGCAGAUAACACAGAAGCUGUUUUGAAUGUAAACAUCUUUAAUAUAAACAAUGAUGUUAUUUCACUUGCCAAAAACGAGUGCAUCCACCCCAUAACAAGAAAAUCCUUUGUGGAUUCAACAAUAGUGAUUACUGUACCCGAACUUGUUUGGAAAGGAAAAGUUGUUUUUAAUUCUCAAACCACAAUGGAAUACUACGACUGUAGUUUUUCAAAACUUGAUUUGUGUGGAAGUGGUGAAGCAGAACACAAAUGUGAAAAUAUAGAAUGCGACACAAUCAAAGGAGAUUCACGAGCAAUUUGUUAUUGUACAUACAACCCUGAGAUUAAACAAGACUGUUCUCUUGCGUGCCCGAUAACCGAAAACACAGACUGUGUGUUUGAACCUUCACAAACAUCAACGGCGUUGUUUAAUAAAAUUACAAUUCCAACAACAAACACUUUGGUGAUCAACAAGUUGUUCAAAUUCUUUGUGAUGAAAAUGAGUCAAAACAUAAAUAUAAGAGCAACGAAAUCACUUAAUAUAUACCAAAUAACCGAUGAAGGAGAAAAUGGAGCAGGUACAAUCACAAUUGACUCAAGUGCAGACAUUACAAUCGAUUCAAUUAGACUGACUCAGUCAAGUUCUAUUCUCACAAUUAAAGCAAAUGCACUGACAACACAAGAACUGUAUGUCAUCAAUGGAGCAACUUUAAAUAUCAACUCGGAAGUCACUCUACCAACGUCACAAUCCGGGUUCGAAUUUGAUACCAAUCUCACUAAUGUUCCAAGUGUCACUCGACAAAUUUACUUUGGAAAAGACGCGAAAAUCAAUUUACUGGAAAAUGCAUACUUUACAAUUCAAGGCCCAACUACUAAAGACCAAAUCACUAACAAGUUUGAUGCAACAUAUAACAAAAUGACACUUGAUGAGUGUACUGUCACUCUUGACGCUGAUUACAUUGGAAAAGUCACAAAGAAUUAUCCGAAUGUCGUGUUUAACUUUGAAGUGAUUGGAGAAGUGAUUAUCAAUAAGGCAACAGUGAUGUACAAAGACAAAGAUCCAAGCAAUAAGAAUGUUACUUUCAUAUUGAACAAUGAUGUUUCACAUAUAACAACAACCGAAUUUAGUACAAAGAAUGUUAUUGAUGAUCAGAACUACGCACUCAUUGUUGGACAGUCAAAUGCCGUCUUGGACAAAACUGCAAUUCCGGAAUUGUCAUGCGAUCUGACGUCAGAGUUCUCUGGUAAAGUCUCAUCUGAAACGAAAUGGAAGAGAAGUCAGUGCCCAUGCAAUGGAGAGACGUGUAUUGUCAAUACUGAAUCAGUGGUCAACACAGUUAACUAUGAAGUUACCAACAUCACUUUUGCAAAGUAUUACACGACAAACGGAUUGUUGGAAGGAACAUCUGCAAACAUCAGUGAGUUGAUUUCGCUUGGUGGAACCACUGAAGUCAAAGUGAUAAAUUCGAAUAUAGAAAUGGUAACAAUGGAAAAGAAGGGAAUUAUCUCAUUCACGAAACCAAUGAAGGUCCCAAUAAUCAAUGGAUUAGAAAAUUCAGGAACAAUUGAUGUGAAGACGCACUCGUUGACAACAAAAAGUAUCACAAAUGUCGAUUUAUCUAUUUCAACUGGUUCAAUUUUACUUGAAAAGGAAACAACAGGCAACUUUAAUGGAAGAACAAUCACAGUCGCUGCGAGUGGGAGACUCGACAUCUAUUCUUCGAAAAUCAUAUUCGAUGAUAAGACCAAUUUCAACGUAAAAGUCGAAGCUGGACAACCCGCUUUAAUUUCAGUUGAUGACGACGCACUUGGUGACACAUUGUCUAUCACAAAUGCACACUACAAAGUCACGAUACCAAGUGGGUCAAGUGGAAAGAUCUUCACUGUUCUUCGUGUGUUGUCUCCAAUAAACACAGCAAACUUUGAGUUCACAGAAGACUCGACAACACCAGGUGGAAGUGUGAAAACACAACUCAAAAGUGGAACAUUUUCAUUCAAAGAAGCGUGCAAUGGUGUUGUAUUGACCGACUUGCCUAAUGAACAGAUCACGUGUCCAGAAGAUCGAAUGGCCCGUGUUGUGGAGAAGUUUGAGUUCCCAAUGUACAUGAUAGCCGUCAUUAUUAUCUUUGUGUUGGUACUUGCUGUCAUUGUUGCACUUUUGAUUGCUUAUGUCGUCCACGUUUAUAUUGUCAGAAAAAGGAACAUGAAAGUCUUUGAAGAAGGUGAAGAGAUUGAUGUUGAUGAAAAGAAACAAGACGAAGAAAUCAAAAACCAAGAUAACAAGCCAAUUGAACCCACAAAUGAAGUUAAAAAGGAAAUCGUUUUAGCUCCAGUACCUUUUGAAGUUCCACUUGCAAAUGAUCAGAAGACAACAAGUGUACUUGACAAGACGUCGGAAUCUGGAUCAGGAAGCAAUUCUGGCUCAAAGAAAGACUAA